AUGUUGGAUGGGGCGGUGAGGCUGCCUAAGCAGCUGUUUGGCGAAGAGAGUAUAGUUGGAGGAGCAGCGGAGGGUGAUACUAAACCUCCUGUCAUUGAGGAGGAUAAGGAGUUCUUGGAGAAGAAAGAGAAGUUGCAGGACCUUGAACAGCAGAUAAGCAAUGUGCCUCAGCAGGCUGAAUCUCUUGUCAAAAAUCAUCAUGACAUGGGGGAGACAAUGGGUCAAUUGGGACUGGCUUUUGUGAAGUUAACCAAGUUUGAAUCGGAGGAAGCUAUUUAUGACUCUCAAAAAGCAUGUGCUGCAGACAUGAAAAAUGUGGCAACUGCUGCUGUCAAAGCAAGCAGAUUGUAUCGGGAAUUAAAUGCUCAAAACUGUCAAACAUUUGGAAAAGCUUCAUGA